AUGGUAGGACAGGCAUGUAUUGUGUGCACACUGUACUAUAUGAGCUUCGCGGUAAUAUUGUUAUUAUUAUUGAAUUUUUGGCAAAUUUUUGGCCAAAAUUCGGGCACCGCUGGUAACCCACGCGGUCAACAUUGCCGUGGAUUUAAUGCCGAAGAAAUACCAUACCCGACGCCAUACAUAUCGGCCUUAGAUCGGGCCGAUCGUUGCCAACAAUUGUUUCCCAAAUACAACUCAACCGGUACGGCCAACCCCGUGUUUAUUGGCCAGAAUACCUAUCAUAAUCCAUGUAAGAUUGAAUGUGGACUAUGCGAUAGUGAACAACCAGAUAGUAAAGACAGUACCCAACGAUCAUAUCCGGCACAUAUAUCACAGAAAGAUGAUAUUGUUAAAUGUCCGGAAACAUCGGGUGUCGAAAUAUAUGAACAAUUUAUGGAGGAUGGGCUCAAAUGUGGACCAUAUCAUGUAUGCGAUAACCUAUGCUGUGUCGCCCAUCCGGAUCUCUAUCCGAAAGCAGCCAAACGCCGAUCGACAACCACACCAACACCGCAGGACAUACCCCAAGAGUGGACCCAACAGCUUGACUGUCCAGAGGAAGGCUAUUUUCGCAAUCCAAACGAUUGUCAUAAAUUCUACCGGUGCCAUACUGGUGCCAAAGGUAAACUUCAACGUACCCUGUAUAAUUGUAACCCCACGGAUGCCAUAUUUGAUGAACAACUCCGUGUUUGUGUAACACCUGAGGAAACUGAUUCCUGUGAGGAUAUCUAUGGUGGCGUCAAUUAGGACAGGUCUAUUAGGACUACUGGGCCUACCUGUGCUGCGGGCAUAAACUGUUUUUGUUUGAUUGUUUUUUUUUUGUUGUUGAGAUAAUUAAUACAAUAAUUAAAAUUAAUAAUUA